AUGCGCGCGUACAAGCCCACGAGCCCUGGACAGCGCGGGCGCAUCACGACCUCGCGCGAGGGCCUGCACCGAGGACGCCCGCACAAGGCGCUCGCGGUCGGGCUGCGGAAGACGGGCGGGAGGAACGCGCGAGGGCGGAUCACGGUGUGGCACCGGGGCGGCGGCGCGAAGCGACUGUACCGAAUGAUUGAUUUUAAACGCGAUCUCACGGGCGCGCGAGGGGUGAUACGAAGGCUGGAGUACGACCCGAAUCGCACGGCGCGAAUCGCGCUGGUGGACUACGAGGGAGGACUGGGGACGAGGUACGUGCUGGCGCCGCACGGCGCGCGCGCCGGGGACGAGUUGGAGAGCGGAGCGGAGAGCGAUAUAAAGAUCGGAAACGCGCUGCCGUUGAAGAAUAUACCGCUGCAGACGACGAUACAUAAUAUUGAGCUCGUGCCGGGACGAGGGGGGCAGAUGUGUCGAUCGGCGGGAUCGGCGGCGACGCUCGUGAAGAAGGGCGACGACGGGUACUGCGUCGUCAGGCUUCCGAGCGGCGAGCAGCGUUUAGUUUUGGAGGGAUGCAUGGCGACGAUCGGGAUGCUGUCCAAUCGUGGGCAUCAAAAUCGUAAUAUCGGUAAAGCCGGCGCCAAUCGUUGGCGUGGGAUCAGGCCGACGACGCGAGGCGUCGCCAUGAACCCGAUCGACCACCCGCACGGCGGCGGCGAGGGUCGCACGUCGGGCGGUCGUCCCAGCGUCACGCCUUGGGGCGUCCACACCAAGGGUAAGCGCACGCGCAAUAACAAGCGCACCGACCGAUUUAGGGUGAGCAGGCGACCGAGGAAUCGCAAGAAGUACAACGACAACCGGUAG